AUGCCAAUAGACAAUUGGCUUAUUCUGGCUUUAAUAAUGAUAUUUUCUUCCAUAAUACUUUGUGGUCUUUUACCAAUGAUAAUUCGUUUAAUAAUAGCUCGUCGACGUUAUCGUCGUUAUCGUACUGAAUUUGAAGAGAUAGCAUGUUCAACUCCCGAUGUAUUCUCAAGUUCACAAUUAAUUUAUGAAAAUACACAAAUAAAUAAUAAUGAACAGAAUAAUUCUCAUGAACAUUCAAUAUUAUAUUCACGCUUACCAUUUAUUGAUGAUCUGAUUAAGGAUGAGGACACAUUUGUUUAA